GAGGACACACCCAGAGGCAGAGCUCAGUGUAAACAUAUAGUAAUUGUAUAACUAGCCAACGCGGGUUUCACUCUCAGGUUGGUGCAGGAACUGGCUGAUUCAUCUGCUCUCAUACAUAUGUCAACAGUCGGUGGUCACUGCUGAGGUGUUAAAGCCCUGGGAUUUCUCCAGAGGCAGGUCUGGACAGAGACGUUGUUUGUACAAAGAUGUUGUUGAAGGUUGUUUUUCUGCUCAUGACAGACGAUCAGUAGACGCUGAGUGUGAAGGGCUGGGAUCGGCUUACUGGCCUCCAGUGGAAAUCUCAGGAUGACGUGUUUAUAUUGAACCAGACCCACGGACAGUUCACUGGUUCUGAAACCCAGGUGACCUAUGCUGCGUACAGCCCCUGAACGCCUCAUGGGGAGCCGCACUGAUUCAGAGCAGUGAUGCUCAUCUUCUCUGGUUAUCUUUGCAUCCAUUAUUUCUAUCGAUUCCCAGAGCAGCUUUUCCUGUUUCCCCAGAAGGGCUGCGAUCAAUAAGCGGUUUUUCAAGCAUUUGCGUCUCACUUCCUCCCAGACUGAGGUCUGUUGUUUGAAUCCAUCGGAGGCAAAUGUUCCGCAGGUGCAUCACUCGCUUAAUGGUCUGAGGCAGUGAGACUGAGCAGGAGCUCCAUGCUUCAGGUGCCACAGUGUGAGUCGUUGUGGGUUAGGGGCCGACGGUUCCGUGGUUCCUUGGUCGAUCGCUGCCGAGCUGCACACGGACGCGUAAACAACCGCCUGCCUUUAACUUGUGUCGAGGCCCGGGUUCGUCUGGUUACUCACUUUAGAACCACUCUCAGACCUCGGUGGCCUGGUGACGUCAGGGCGUUCCUCUUGGUGGUGCUCAGAACUUCCUUCCUGUUCAUUCAGUCCUUUACACCCAUCAUAAUACGAAGCUGUCUCCCUCCUCCACACGAUGGAACCCGCAGCAUCGCCAGCUCCGGCUUCUAGGGUGACGGCCUCAGGAAGCGUGGAUGUUUGAUGGCAGCAGGCAUCAGCAGGCAGAGUCUCAGAACGCCUGGACCGGGUCAGCUCCACAACCACUGAGACAGAGCGCGACCUUUGACCCCGCACAGUUUAACAGUCCUGCUGCUCACAUUUGGAAAGUUCUAUAUUUCCAGAGUCAGCUGGACCCAAACAGCCUCAAGUUCUGAAAGUGAAGUUACUACUGUAAACAAAACAAGCCUGUGUAGAACUAGUCUGGCAUGUUUCAAAUGACAGAAUGUUUAGAAUCACUUUUGGAGUAUUUGAUCUGCGUCAGCGUUCGGAGUCUGGCAGAAGCUGCUUCUCAUUCAGAACCAUAUCACCUGAACCCACCCACAGUCCGACGUGUGUUAAAUAAAUUCAGUUCAAAGCAUUUCAGUUAAACACUUUUUAUGUCUUCUGUUCAAGACAAGACAUCGCCGACGCUCUGACUUUUCUGUCCCAGACACCGACGGCACCGAGAAGGAGGGGGCGGAGCCUGGCUGCAGCCGUAGUUGUUUCCAUGACGACAGCUUCCUGUCUCCCUGUAAGGGAACUCAGAAGAAGAGAGAUGUUUGCGUCGCUGCUCUCGACGUCGCUGUUCGCGGUGCUCUCCUUCACACACGCCCGCCAAACCUACCGAACCACCGACCCGUCCACCGGCGAGACCCGGGAGUGCGAGCGCUGCCCGCCCGGAACGUAUCUGCGCCAAAGCUGCACGUCCACGCGCGGGAGCCAGUGUGCGCCGUGUCCCGACGGCUCGUUCACGGAGCUGUGGAACUACAUCCCCAAGUGUCUGCGCUGCGGCGCGUGCGGACACAACCAGGUGGUGAAGACGGAGUGCGCCCCCGACGCCGACUGCACGUGCGAGUGCAAGAAGGGCUACUACUACAAGGAGAGCUACGACGCGUGCGUGGCGCACAGAACGUGUGCGGCGGGGGAAGGAGUUCUGACUGAAGGUUCGCCACAUAACGACACCGUGUGCCAGGUUUGUCCCAGUGGCACCUUCUCCACCAGCGUCUCGGCUCAGGACAAGUGUGAACCGCACCAGAACUGCGAGGCUCCGGAGCUGAAGCUGCUGCUCAGAGGCUCCAACUGGCACGACAGCAUGUGUGUGAACUGCGACGGGCUCCGGUCCACAGAUGGAGCCGACUACCUCCGAGAGCUCCUCCCCGCUUUCUUCCUCCACCACAACAUCAACAGCAGGCGUCUUCGCCGCAUCCUGCACAGGCUGCCCGGCGCCAGGCCCUCGGACGCGUCCGGACCGCACCUGUCUCUGUGGGAGCGGCUCGGCGCCUGGGCCGCGUCCGCCUCGGCGCCGCAGAUCCGCCUGCUGCCGGAGGUGCUGAGCAAGGCAGGCGCCGACGCCGCCGGCGAGAGGCUGCUGCACAAGCUGCAGAGAAUGGACGCCGGCCUCCAGCGCUGCUCCGCGAGGAACGAGGUGGAGGCGGAGGCGUUCUGAGCCGCCUCUAAGCGCCGCCUGGCGCCGCCCGGCGCCGCCCGGCGCCGCCCUGGCGCCGCUGGAGGUCGCGUCGUUGGGACAGUCCUGCUGCUGCGGCUGCGGAGCCGGGACGAAGCCCGGUGUAAAUAAAGAUGCUUGAGCUGGAACACGAGUCCAGAACACCAAACCCGUCAUUCGGACCUUCCCCGUUUCAGUAAACGCAUCAGGGUUCAGCUGCUGAGCUUCACUUCAUCUGAGACCCAAAGUUCCAAAUCUGCCGAGCAGAACCAGCGCUGGGACGCUUCGCUGCCCUCGGCUCUGAACCGUCAGGGAAGCACACCUUCGACUGUAACUGGACUCUCACUCAAGUCUCUGAAUGCUUUCACGUGUUGUAAACAUUUACCUGAAACUGUAUUAAAACACUUUCUAUUUGAAUGUAA